ACACUCGGCUGAGGGGGAAUGGUGUCCUCGGUGAGGAGGCCACGUCAUGCCUCUCUGUGCCAUUGACAAUGACCUCUCUCUACUGCUUACUAGUCCACUGCUUCCUCUCCUCUCUCUCUUUCGCUUCUUCUUUAUAAGCACCAGUACUAGAGUGCAGCGUGCUGUUUUCUGGUUGUAGGAGAUGACGAUGAGCAGGCACCACAUUCCAGCGUAUGGGGACUGGGAUAACUGGGAUGAUCUGCGCAUGGCAGUGAGAGCAGCUUAUCAUCAACAUCACCAGCAUCACCAGAGAAAGGUGAAGAGAGGAGGAGAGAAGCAGAGGAAGCAAUGGAGGGUGUGUGAUGUGGCAGCUCAGACCACAGCAAGGGGAGGAAGAGCUCCCAAGGCUGUGGACGAGGACUUGUACAAGAUUCCACCUGAGCUCCUCCACAAGAAGCCCGAGAGGAAGAUGCUGCUGAGGAGCUUGGUGUCAGGAUGCAUGGGGCUCAACUGCAUUGCUUGAGAGAGAGAGAGAGAGAGAGGAUGUAGAAGUAAUGUAAUGAGGGUGAAGAAGAUGAGCAUCAGUAGGGGUGUAGUUUUUGUAGCACUUUUUUGCAUGUUUCCUUCCUUCUUUCAGCAGUGUGGAGAGGUGGUAUUGGUAGACUCUGUUGUUGUGCUUGAAAUCUAUAUGCAUUGAUCUCACAAUCUGCCACUAUCUAUGACACACACAGCAUACUAGUCAAUCAAUAGUAUCAUUCAAGUUGGCAUUUAAAGACCAUUGAAACCAGGUAGAGUCUUACAUGUCCUCCAGCUUUCAUCAGGUUGGGAGUUGCAAGCAGAAGAGUGCAAGGGUUGGACAAGGAGCUGUUUAAUGUCUCCAAAAGGCUGUGGUGAUAUGGUACCAUUAGUCCUUCCCACUCUCCAAGAGUGAAACCAAA